UCAGUCUCAAUUUAGUCACACGACGGGAAUGUAGUCAGUCAGCCAGUGUCGCGAGUUGUUCCGGCUUCGUCGAACAUUAUCACGAUCCACAUCUGGUUUGGAGCAAACAUUGUAGGCCGACGUCGCGACGCCGGUUUCCGUUCUCGUUGCUGUCGAUGAUGUGCGGUAUAAUUACGAUCGUCGUCGGUUCCAUAUUGCACUUGAAAAUUGGCGAUAACGAACCGUAGCUAAAACAGUGUGACAGGCCGGAGAGCAGCAUCACAGCAGUUGUAUAUUGAGCUCAAGUGUAUCCCGAGCGAGUAUAGCAUAAUGCGGUACAAUCAAACUACAAAAACGUGUGGAUGACGAUGUCGACGGCGGCGCCCCGGUCGAUAUUUUGAAUUCGUUCGAUGUUGAAGGAAGACGUGUUUAUUAUACAGUGAGCUUAUGAAUAUGAAAUGAAAUUGUGCCGGAGAGGAACAGAUGAAUAACAUCGCUAUACGAAAUAGUCCAGUGAUGGUGUAACACGCCCUGGCGAGCAGUGGUUAAUGUAUGUCGAUGCCUAGUGCCACUACGAGAGACAGGGGGAGAAAAUGCACCAUGCAUUCCCUAAGAAGAGCAAGUCGAUUCGCUAACAUCCUACUUGCUAGACGCGUGUUACAGAAGGCAGUGUGAACAGAAGUGGAGUGUUAAUUUCGCAACGGUGACCUCUUUAUACCGGUUGUUUGCUCCAGAAGAAAAUAUUUUAGCAAUGAUGCGUUAUCAAAACUAUAUCAAUGUGAAAAUUUUCACAUACAAUGCAAAAGGAUUCAAUUGUGACGAUCAUCGUUGAUCGCAGGUAGAACAAGUGUUGUGAACGCGAAAUAUGGACAUCAGAACACACAAUUCCAAUUCUAGAUGUGAUAUUACAACUAAGAGCAGAAAGUUCCUUCAAAAAUCCAUUCCCACUGUGCGACUGAAAAGCCAAUGUACAUGAUCAACGUCUAUCUGGUGUUGUUUUUCUACGCUGAGUGGUGCUUGUAUACGAAAUUGUUGAACCUGCUGCUCGAUCGGGCCAGGAAGAUGAAGAAGCUGACGGUCCUGUUGGCCUUCUGUUGGGUUCUGCUCGUAUCGCAGAUACUGGCCAUUUCCAGCAUGUACAAUGAUGGAUUACAAGACAUUCCUGGAACGCCUUCGGUGAUAACGCUGGUGGACCAGCAGGCCAGCGAGCUCAACAUCGAGUCCAGGUUGGAGGAAAAUAUUGAAGCGACGCUGAAAAAUAUCAGUCAUCAACUGAUCAACAGCCCUGUCGAUGAGCCUGAGGAGCAGCAGGCCACACUCGAUCAGCAGCAACCGCAGGAAGAAGAGCUUCCCGAGGAUGCCACGGAAGUACAGGCGGCUCCAGAGCAAGCGGCUUCGCCGGAAGAAAAAAUACAGGAUACCGGAGGAGGUGAGAUUGGAAAGGAGGAACAGCCGGAAGUUGUGCAACAAGUUAUACCAAAUGUAACGUUUGAUCCGCAGCAUGCGGGGAGUGCUGAGGAAAACCCAAUGCCCGUGUUCUCCGAGUGGGCCCAAAAACAGAUGGCCGAAGCGGAGAAGAAACAUGGCGAAAAUGUGAAUGCCUCAGCGAUGAAGCGCAACUCGAAACCACCUGGCAACAAGAUGCCACCGUUGAAAUUACGAGCAAAGAAUUACGCCGCUCCGGAUUGUGGAGCGAAGAUUAUUGCUUCCAAUCCAGAAGCUCAAAGUACCGGAUCGGUACUGACGUCCCACAAGGACGAAUAUCUGUUGAACCCUUGCACAAGCAAGAUUUGGUUUGUGGUGGAACUCUGUGAACCUGUUCAAGCGGAACGGGUCGAGUUGGCUAAUUUCGAACUGUUUUCGUCAUCGCCGAAGGAGUUCUCAGUCUCAGUUAGCAACCGGUUUCCCACCAGAGACUGGUCAAACGUUGGUCAGUUUACAGCCAAGGACGAACGAGACGUUCAGAGUUUCAAUCUGCAUCCCCACCUGUUUGGGAAAUUUGUGCGAGUUGAAAUCCACUCGCAUUACAACUCGGAACAUUACUGCCCGGUUUCGUUGUUUCGAGUCUACGGAACGUCUGAAUUCGAAGCAUUCGAAACGGAUAACACACCUUCCCUGGCGGAGGAUGGGGAGGAGGAUGAUGACGUUGAACUCACCAUUGAAGGCUUGAAUCUGAUAGAAGAGAUUCUGGGCAGUGAGGAAAACAUGGACGGCGGAGACCCUACCAAGAAUAAAAAAGCCAAUAUUCUUAAAUCGGCAGGUGAAGCUGUCAUGAACAUUGUUAAAAAGGCGGCUGAAGCCUUGGGGAAAACGAACGAAAACGACAGCUUGCGAAAUGAAACCGAAUCCAUUAACGGAAGCAUCGGUGAUAACCAAUUAGGUAGUAUCGGUGUCGUUGCGCCCCAGCAUCCUUUGUAUUGCUUUUCGCUGGCUUUUCAGCCACUGUGUGUUAGUUGUCCACCGGAGCUCCGGAACCGACUGGAGCGGACGCUGAAUUGCAAAUACAAUCUAUUAACUAGUCUACUAAGUAUCAAAUCAAUCAGUACGUCAUUCGACGAAUCUCAGCAUUUGCUAUGUGCCAAUUUCCUAGGAUUUAAUCUGAAGCGUGAACAAGUGAGCGGGAGUUAUAACAUUGAACGGAGUAUAUUGAGCUGGUUGCCAGCGGAUGUGUUAGCUAGUUUUUGUAAUCUGCAGGCGUAUGAACGAGGAAUGAUUGAAACUCGCAUGAAAUUUGCAGACACUUCUGUUAAGAAGCCUGAAAGACCAACGUCUACUGAGCCGCCUUCGACGACUCAAUCUGACAAAGAUGAACCCCAAAAUGACACGGAUGAUCAACCGACCUUAACCGUUAUACCAUCUGUAACGGCUCCGGUUACGGUAGAACCAAGCAGUCCGUCUCCGCCGAAUCCAGAACAACAGCCAUCACCUUCACUGGAUGAUGUUAACAUGUUCAACGUUGGUGUUCCACAAGACACCGAUUCCGUUACCGCAAAACAUACAGAGGAACCGUCUGCAACCAUUCCUACGACAUCAACCACCACGACCGUUCCUGUAGUGGAUUCUACCCAGGAAAGAGACGAUUCUGGACUGUUGGACCAGCAGAAUAGCGGUUCCAGCAUGGAAGAGCUCGAUAACCUAUUGCUGGAUCAACAGAUGGAUGGUUUAAGCGCUGGAUCGGGAAGUAUUCCGACAAUUACCACUACCAGCACGACCACACCAUCGCCGGGCGCCCCAGUCGCUCAGAAAGGCCAGCCGGAAAGUGUGUUCCUGCGGCUUUCGAAUCGCAUCAAGGCCCUGGAGCGCAACAUGAGCCUAUCCGGCCAAUACCUGGAGGAACUGAGCCGUCGCUACCGGAAGCAGGUCGAAGAGCUGCAGCAUUCCUAUGCCAAAACCUUGCACGACAUCGAAGAGCAGAACCGCCGAAUGCGCGACAGCGAGACGCAGCUGCGCGAAGAAAACGAACGCCUCCGGGAGAAUUUCUACACGUUCCGGGAUAGCAUCCUCAGUUGGAAGAACAUUGCCCUGGCUGUGGGAGGGUUUCUUGUUGUACAGGUUGUGGUUGUCUAUGCGAUGAUACGAUCCUGUGCAAGUGGUGGCAGGCGUGCCGAUCGGGAUGAAAUCGCUAGAGAAUUGGAACAUAUGGGUGAUCAGAAGCCGCCGGUCAAAGGGAAGUUGCUGAGAAGACGGUCGAUCGAUGGCGUGAUGGGAGUUGCUGAUGAAAAAGCGAUUGGUUCGUUGAAAAAGAAGAGACCAAGUGAAGAGGCACUGAACAUCAGUGGGACCUACGAGAAUCUGUUGAUAGCUGAAAAUGGGGGAGGGGACAGUGCGAAGGUUGAGCGGAAAAAGAAGAACAAGCAGAGGAAAAUCUCCGCGCCUUCCAUGGUUCAACAGACUAACGGAAAUGGUAAGGUGAAAAGAGCUUCUUCAGUAGAACCUAGCCCUGUUGGUAAAAUUGGAAAGGCCGAGCUGGUUAGAACGGAAUCAGCUCCGGAGCCCAGAAGACAUUCUCCGGAAAAACCUAAACCGGACGAAAACAAUCGCAUAGAGGAGUUGCCUCUGCUGGAGGAUAACGAUGAGUUCAUCAUUCCCACUGCGAUGGAUUUGUCCUACAACGAGUUUGUUCCGGACUCGACGUCCGAAACCGUUAACCAAACCAACGGUAUGAUAUCGUCGUCUUCUUCGAUUGACUCGAAGUCAACGAACAAGUCCGGCAAGGGUCGACGAUUGUCAUCGCCAGCAUUUUUCAAAUCGUCCCUCUUACGGUCGAGCCGUAAAUCCUCCGGGAAGAAAUCCACACCCAGCCAAAAUGUAAGUAGUGCCAGUAGCAACACCAGUAGUACCGGUAGUAGCAAUGUUAGAAUCAAUAUCAACGUGCACAACGUGAACCGCACCGAAGACGAGCUGUCUUCGCUUCCCACAGACGACGCACAGACCACGUCGUCUACGUUGAACACUCCCGUUAGCCAUCAGCACUCGUGGGAAUGGUACAAACUGAAAAAGUCCUCUAGUCAAGACAAGGUCACCAAACGCAAGUCCAAAUCCGAAAGCCCGGAAGUGGAAACGACCCGUCACAAUAAUGGGUCGAUCAACGGAUCGGAAGAUCACCGGUUGCGCACUUCGGUCUCCUUCAAUGGGAGCACCGGUUCGAGCGAGAAGAAAAUCGGCGGCGGAACCGGUGGUGGCAGCUUCCGGCGGUUGUUCCGCAAGGUGUUCUAGUUCUGGCGUUGCGUGCGGCCGAACAAAGACGGAUGAUGAUAAGUGUUCAUUGAGAGAGGAAGGGUUUGCAGCAGAGGCCACAUGGUGGGGAAGGAGUUGUUCCUUAAAAUAAAAUAGACUGAUCGGACUAAGCGAGGGCGAAACACAUAAUAUAUUACAUGAUAUAAACGGGAGAGCUUUAAAAGCGUGAGCGAGUAAAGGAAUGCUUGGGAGAGUGCGUACGGGAAGCGCUGCGCGCGGCAGAUGCGAGAAGUUGAGUGGGCGUGUGUGAACAUAAAAGAAUACACUGCUCUGUUUAGUAGUAACUGUUCGUUUUUAAUGUGAAUUAAUUAAUGUAUAGAAUGGCAUGCAUUAUAUUGGAAUAUAGCUUAUAUUACUAAAUUUCUUUUAAACAAAUUGUACGCGUAUGUUUCAAUUGGUUGGCACGAGUUUCUUCCUAGAAUAUGACCCGCGGGGAAGGUAGGUGCUCUUGAGGUGGAAAGUUAGUUGUGUUGGCUUUGGUUUUGGUCGAUUGUUCUAUGUAUAUAUGAAAUAAGGAUCAUGGAGAAUCGCAACCAAAAAAUCCCUCUAAAGACGUUUCACUUGUUCACUUGUUAUUGUCUUAACGAAUGGUAGGGCAAAGAUCUGCUUAGCACCUGGUUUCUCGAUCGAAUUGUCUGAAACUUCACAAUAAGAACCGGCUACAGCCAAAUAUGAACACAAUAAAAUUGAAUCAGUAUUUUUUCUAAGGAUCUUUAGAAAUUUCUCCAGGGACUCUUCUUCUUCUUCUACAAUGUUAGCUUAGACUGCUUUUGAGAUUUCAACCAGAAAUGAGUGAAAUACUCCAAAGAAUUCGUCCAACAUUCCUUCAAGAAUUUACACAUUCUAACAGUCUACUCUCUCCCAUUUGAUUAACAUUAGUCGUCUCACGUCACUCGAAAGAGCGGCUCGUCUCGGCUCACAUGCCGCGCAGAAUAAGCACCUUUGAUUUACACGGCGAGUCACUUUACUCGAGUCGAGAAUUGUCACCUCGCUACGAGACUGACAAUUCUCACCUCACGCGACUCGUAGAAUAAGCUCAAGUGACUAGUUAGUUUCGGUAAAAAUAGGUGAGGAGACAAAUUGUUGAUUCAGUGUUAUCUGUUUAGAUGUUAACUAAAUAAAUGAAAUGAGGUGAGGAGACGUAAUUUGAAGAAUUGGUGCGGUUUACUAGGGAUGCUUAUUUGUAAAGAGAGAAAGCAUUCCACAAAAACUACCGAUGAUUCUUAAUUAGCUCUUGCUGACAUUCCUUGUUGAAUUCCGGAGGCGUUCUAAAUUUCACGACGAUAUUUAUAACUUUCAACACUAGAGUCACACUCGAGCUUUUCGAUCGAAGGUUGAUUUCCUGUUCAAAAGGAAUCACCCAAGAAGACAAGCUAGCAAAACCUUCGUGGGAUUCCUACACUGAACCAAGGAAUCAUAUCAGAUUUAUCUGAAAACGCAUAUAGUUUUUUUCCAUGUAGCUUUUCACAUAACGCUCAUCAAUUUAUCACAUAAACUUGUGCGAUUUCUUUUUGAUUAAAUUCAUCUGAUAAAACACAUACAUUUGAUGCAAAUUUAUCAUACGAACCAUUGGAUUUUGUCAAUGAGCUUUAUGUGAAAUUCAGAUGAAAAUUAUUGGUAUUGUUAGUGAUUUUUAUUAGCUAUUAAAAUGAGCUUGUGAUGAUUCUUCUUCAGUUUUUAUCCAGUAGAAUUGAUGAACAAUCUAACAAUAAUUUUUAAAAAUCUGUUUAUUUUACGCAUGAUUGGCAUUUGUGUGAAUAAGCGAUGGAAGCGAAUACAUUGGAUUAUAUUGGUUAACCGAUUCUAUUAGCUCUGAAUUCUUCUAGAUGGUUUGUUCCGUUCCUUCCGACCUUGUUUCGUUGAUUUCAGCUAGGAAUAAAGUUGAUGUUUUCUGUGAAUUCAAGUCUGAAAAAAAUAAUUCACAUUCAUUUUUUUUCGUUUAUAAAUAUUUAUAUAACGUUUUUACUUACUUUUUGAUUAUCACGAACAUAAUUCUGUGAUCCACGUCACGUUGAAACAAAAUUUUAUUCCAAAUACUCCACGAUGAUUCUUUGAGACUCAAAUUCGCCAUUACGAAGAUAACGCUAUACUACAAUGACUUUUCACAUCUGCCAAUCCCAUAGCAUUCAUUGGAUUGAAUACAUGACAUUUGUUCAUAUACGUUUCAUAGUGAUGAUAAUUGAAUAUUAUGGAGUAUCAUAAUGAGAUUUAUGUGUUUCUUACAUGAAUGUCAAUGGGCAGAUAUAACGUGAAUCGGAUUUCAAUUGUCGUAAAAGUAUGUGACGUUUUUAAUAUCUUUUAUGAUAUUUCUUGGUUAAGUGUAUAAACGUUCGAAUCCUCUGAGCAGAAUCUUGAUAGAGAAGCUUUAAAGUAGAUGGAGUACCGUGUACCUUUUAAUUCCGCUCAUAAAUGCUUAUCUUUGACAGAUACGCGUAUUUCGACUAUCACUUGCAGUCUUCUUCAGUGUCAAUCACUCGUAUCCACUGGAUCUACUUUAAAGUUUCUUUAUCUUCGUGGGAUGUUGAGUAAUGUAGAAUACUAUUCUCAGUGAGGGACAUCGACAGUUUUAAGAGCUCACUGUCGACUAAAUAAGCUCAGUGAGGUGACAAAACUAAUCUCACCUACAAAUCCUUGUGUCAAUAAUUCAUCUAACAAUCAGUUUUCAAGAGCAUCUACCUACCCCUAGAUAUAAUUUUCAUUAAAAGCUUAAUAUACCUACCUAAUACAGUAAUCCAGUCAUGCGAAAACUAGUUAAACUAAGACUGUUAUGUGUUGCGUCUUUGGUGUUUCAAGAAACGGAACACGAUCACAGUAAGAUUAAUUCGAACGCUCGAAGCGUAUUGAUGUAGAAAACCAUUAGAAACCACAACCUAGCAACUUU